AUGGAGGAGGGCAGGAGAGGAAGAAAGGAGGAGGAGGGUAAUGGGGCCAAGAUUGGGAGAGGGUUGGAGAGGAGAAACGAUUUAGAGGCAGAGAAGGAGAGGAAAAGGAAGGGAAAAGUGGCAGAGGAAGAAGAGGGUGAGGAAGGAGCAGCGGAGCAGGAGGGGGGUCUGAGGGAGGUGGCAGAGGAGGCGUUGAGGGAGUGGGAGGAGGUGAGAGAUGGCCUGCGGAGGCUGAUGGGGAAGUACCCUGUGAUGGUGUGCGGGUAUUGCCCUGAGGUGCAUGUGAUCUGUUGCAUGCUCAAGUGCUUCUUUGCAUGCUCAAGUAGUCGGUUGCAUGCUCAGGUGCUUCUUUGCAUGCUCAAGUAA